AUGAGCACACUUUUCGGAAGUACGAUGUUGAACUCGUUGACAAGACUGACAAGGCCAGCUGUGAAAAGUAUCAAUAUGCUAUCUAUGCCAAUGAUGGGUCUUAUGAACCCUCCUUUGACCAGAGGUUUUAAGGUAAGAACUUCCAUCAAGAAGUUCUGUAACGAUUGUUACAUGGUUAGACGUAAGGGCAGAGUGUACGUUUACUGUAAGUCCAAUAAGAAGCAUAAACAACGUCAAGGUUGA